AUGCACCGGGUCUGUAUUUCCGCCGCUAAACCUGCAACUGUUCAAGACAAUUUCCGCGCACUACUCGAACCCGCCCGCCACGACCUCGAGCGCUAUCGUAUUGAAAUCCUCAUGUUGCGGAACCGGGAAAAUGACUUCCCCAGAGAUUGCACUUCAACUACUGCGCUCGAUGUUUUACUCCGAUUAGCUGCUCUCUUCUAA